ACUUCAACGGAGCUCAUGCAAAUGCAUAUGCAGCUAUAUAAUAUAAUAAAAUGCAUGGCGCUGGUAACUUUGCAUUGCCAAAUCGUUCUCCAACGGAGAAUGCAUAUCUAACACACAUUUUGCACUUGCGGAGAGAGGAAAUGUAAAAAUACGUUCUCUCUCUCCUCAAACGCAUCUCUGCUCGCAGCUCGCACCAACCGUCAAGAAGCGGAAGGCGACUCCGGCCUGGCGAAGUGAGUGAAGCUAGUUCACUCCGGGGAGACUAGGAAGUACGGCGCGGUUGUCCGACGGCCGGCGACGAGAUCAACCACCAGUGCAGCUGCUGCAGCUUCGGCGGAUCUUGAAGAGCACAGUUUGCUACAUCCCAACAGAAUUAUGAGUACCCUAGCAGUCAGGAGGUGCAAAAUUCUUCACAGUACAAUUUUGUUAUGCCAACACAACCAUUGCCAUCCCCUACACAAGCAUAUUCUAGGACUACUGGAGGUGAUGAUCAGGACAUAGAGGAAGUUCGCCGUCCAACAACCAAAAGAAAGGGCAAGGAGAAGGAAGUUCCUCGGAGGGGUAGUAAUUUUUCCAAGGAAGAGGAUGUUGUCUUAUGCUCUGCAUGGCUGAACGUCAGCAUAGAUCCCAUAAUAGGAGCUGGACAGAGUCAAGGAGGUUUCUACAAAAGGAUGCAUGAGUACUUCAAUGCGAACAAGCCACAAGGUAGCACAAGAAGUCAAAAUGCUAUACAAAACAUAUGGCUAUUGGUCCAGAAAUGUGUUAACAAGUUCUGUGGCAUAAAGUCAGCUAUUGAUCGGAGGCAUGAGAGUGGUAAGAACGAGGCAGACAGGAUUGAGGAUGCAAUCAACAUGUACGAAAGGAAGGAACCAUUCCAGUUCCUUCACUGCUGGAAAAUUUUGAGAGACCAAGCAAAAUGGAACGACAAGCUACUGGAGCUCAACAAUAAUGGAGGGAAAAUCAAUGAAGACAAUGUGGCUGAACCAGGUUGCGAGGGCGAACUUCCAUCUGAAAACAAUGUGCAUGAUAGGCCAGAGGGUCGAGAUACUGCCAAACGUAGAAGCAGAAGGGAAUCUGAAUCAUCUGCCAGCACUGCAUUUGAAGUCCUACAGCGCAUACAUGACAACAGGGAGAAGAGCCAGCUGAAAGAAGAGGAACAACUACAACAAAUUUUGAAUAGGAAAGAUGAGAAGUUGAACCUACAAAGGGCGGUGCUCAAAGUCCAUAUGGACGCCAUAGAGUUGAAAAAGCAGGCAAGAGAGGAGGACUUGUUGCUUCGAAAACAGGAACAUGAGCUGCUGGCCAAGCAAACCGAGGCCCAGCUGCUCACAACUGAGGCAGGCAUCAUGGCAGUUGAUCUGGAAAAAGUGGCACCACAUUUCAAGGAAUAUUACAUCGGCAUGCAGUGACAACGUCACGGAUUUGGAUCUUCUAGCAGCAAUAAUUCUUGACAGCAACAUGUUGCCUACUUGAACUAUUGUGUUUUCAUUAUUCUGUACUGAUGUACUACUUGUGUUUGUUGUUAACUGGAGCACCAAAAGACUUAACCAUGGUGGCCCAAUAUAGAUAUAUUCCAUCUGCUACAUAGUAUCCUAAACUGUAAGUGUUGCCGUUGACAUUGAACUCCACUUCAGGAGCUCUUCCAUUAGCCAAAUCAUCAAAUAGAGGUGAUCGUUGCAA